AAAUCUCUGCAGCAUGGCGUGUGCACAGCAAUCUGCUAUUGAAUACCUCAAAAAUGCCAGGAGAAACCUGGUGACUGAUAUGAAAAACAUUCAACUGAUCAUUGAGAAUCUUUAUCAGCAGAAUGUUUUCAAUGACCAUGAUAUUGAUUCUCUCAAAGCCGAGAGGACAGAGUUUGAUAAAGCCAGAUGUAUAUUGGAUUGGGUCACUAAAAAAGGGGAUGAGGCCAGUUAUGAAUUACUCAGAAUUUUGGAUGUCACUAAGAAGAGAACAUUAGAUCCUGAUUUACACUCCUGGGUCAGCUGUUUUCCCUUCAGAUGGGAAGAUACAGAGGUCAGCUAUUCAGUUGGUACAAAGCCCUGUCAAAACUACCAGACAGCGCUCAAGAAAAAAGCAAAAAGUAUGCUGAAGGACCAAAGGGAAUGUUGCUGUAAAAAUCUGGAUGACAAGGCACAAGUAAACUUCCAUUUUAUACCUCUUGUUUUAGAGACAGACUCUGUGGUGAAAACUCCUCAAUGCAAAAUAAAAUGGAAAAACAAAAAAUACAAAAAGCUACGGCCCAAAAAGCUGAGAGCUUACAUUCCUAAUGAGGAACAAGCACUUUCACCUGAUGAUCUCCUGAGAUGCCAAGAUAAGAACAUCCUCCUCAUAGGAAAACCUGGAAUAGGAAAGACUACAGUUGUCCGGGAAAUAAUGCGUCUGUGGGCAGAGAAAGAUGACAGAGAGCUGGACUACAUGUUUUACUUUGAUGAAAGUGUUUUGGCCAGUUCUAGCAAUGAAGAUUUGGAAUCUAUUUUGUUUAAAGUGUAUUUGAAACCAAUGGAUAAAGACAGGAAAGAAGUAUUUCAAGAUAUUGAGGAAAACUCUGAGAAUGUUGUUCUUGUAUUGGAUGGUGUGACAUAUUUGGAAAAAAAAUCCACCUUAUGGAAGAUCAUGAACCACGAGCUCCUGCCUGAUGCCAAAAUUAUAAUAACAUGCAGAUCAGAGGUGGAAUAUGAUCCACUUUUCUCCAGCUGGCCGACACGGAAAGUGUAUGUCCAAGGAUUCAGUGAAGAGUCUAUCAACACUUACUACCAGAGUAUGUUGGGUCACGAUCCUGUUCUUCUAGAUGUUGUUUUAAAGAAUCAAGAGCUGUUCAGUCUCAGCCAUGUGCCAAUGUAUGCUUUCAUGAUUGUAGACUUGAUUCAGUUUAAAAAUGACAACAUUUUCAACCAUCCACUCACAGUCACAGAAAUGUACAUCCACAUUUUCCGUGUUGCUGUGAAGAAAGAAAUUGAGCAAAUAGAUAAAUACUUGAACGACAUCAAAGAUCAGGUUUAUUUCUUGAUGGAAAAUGCAUUCAAUGCAACUAAACAAAAAACUUUAAACCUUAGCUGUGAGAAGACAGAUAUUUUUUGUUGUGCUUUUCUUAAGAUGAUCACAAUAAGAGACUCGCCUACAUCUGCAACAACGUACUGCUCUUUUCUCCACAACACAAUGCAGGAAUUCUUCUCAGCUUUGUGGCUUCUUGGACAUCCAGAUGAAAUUGAGAAAGUCCUCCAACUCUGUCAGACUGAAGAGAAUAAACACAUGAGACAUGUUCUUCCUUUCUUAUGUGGACUUCUGGGAGAACACAACAUUUACCUCAUCAAGUGUCUCUUCCCAGAGGAUCAGAUCAAGAAAACCUCUGAUUGGUUCAUUGAGAAGCUUUUGGACACUUUCCUUCAGCCUCAGAGUGAAAGUGAAGGGUUUGAUCUUCACUAUGUGUGUCAGUGCUUGUAUGAGCUCCAGUCUCCUAAAGCAUGUUUAAUGUUCCUGGAGAAGAUGGACCAUCAGCUUGAGCCUGAAGGAGAUCUUGACCCUCAUCAGUGUUGUGCUUUGGCUUAUGUGAUCAGUCAGUCCAGAGAUAAAGAGGUUUAUCUGAAUCUGGAGGACUGCUCCAUGACUGACGUGGGAAUGAGAAUGAUGCUCAGAUGCUCACCAAAGAUCAGAUUAAAGAUUUGUAAAGAACCACUGAAGCAAAUCAAAUUCUUUCUAGAAUUCUUCCAUAAAGUGUCUCAGUGCAGUUGCUCCUUUUUUGAUCUGAGACCCAGAAACAACCCAGAACUGUGUGACACACUGCUGGAUCUUUACUUACAUGUGAAGAACUAUGAGACUCAAACAGGCAGGAGCUUCCUUCCAGCAUUACAGUCACUUUUCCAGUCACCUGAUGUCUGGAUCAUAGAUCUCUCACAGAGAAAGACCUCCGUCCUCCUGGAAGUGCUGAAACUCCAAACAGAGAAGAAACCAUUAGAUCUGAGAGGAUGUUCAGAGGAAGAGAGUGAAAUGAAGAGUUUCCUUCAGUGUCUGCCCUACAUCUCACAGCUGAGAUCAAAUCUAUGUGAAAAACCACUGAAACAAAUCACAUUCUUUCUAGACUUCUUCCAUAAAGCAACACAGUGCUGUUGCAACCUUUUUGAUCUGAGACCCAAUAACAACCCAGAACUGUGUGAUGUACUGCUGGAUCUUUGCUCACAUGUGAAGAACUAUGAGACUCAAACAGGCAGGAGUUUCCUUCCAGCAUUACAGUCAGUUUUCCAGUCACCUGAUGUCUGGAUCAUAGAUCUCUCACAGAGAAAGAGCUCUGUCCUCCUGGAAGUGCUAAAACUCCAAACGGUGAAGAAACCAGUAGAUCUGAGAGGAUGUUCAGAGGAAGAGAGUGAAAUGAUGAGUUUCCUUCAGUGUCUGCCCUACAUCUCACAGCUGAGGUUUGACUAUUGGAAUAGUAGUCAUGCAGUGCAGUUUCUUCUGAUACUCUUCAUUAAAGCAGCAGAGACUGAGAAACAGACAGGAGAGGAGAUGCUGAAACUGUUAUCACCAGUCUGCAACUACAGAUCUUUUCCUUAUUGGUGGACUGACAGAAAUAAACAGAGUGAUUUCCUGCUGGAUCUUUGCUCACAUGUGAAGAACUAUGAGACUCAAACAGGCAGAAGUUUUCUUCCAGCAUUACAGUCAGUUUUCCAGUCACCUGAUGUCUGGAUCAUAGAUCUCUCACAGAGAAAGACCGCCGUCCUCCUGGAAGUGCUGAAACUCCAAACAGUGAAGAAACAAGUAGAGCUGAGAGGAUGUUCAGAGGAAGAGAGUGAAAUGAUGAGUUUCCUUCAGUGUCUGCCCUACAUCUCACAGCUGAGGUAAGAUAUUUUACAGCCUCUUGCUCAAUAUGUAUUAAAAGCUGGAGUAGGUUUCUGUGUUUAUGUCAAAGGAGUUUGAUAUAUACAGUAUAACUUAUCAAAAAGCAGGAGGAUUGUCAUUAGUCAGCGUGUCACAGUCA